UAAAACCGGUAGAGUAAAUCCUAAAAGACAAACAGAAGGUUAAAUCAUAAACGGCUCUGUCGUAGAUAAUUAGUGCAGUAAAUAGGGUGUAUAAGCUGAUCUAUCAUGUACAGUGUAUUUGGGAUUCAGCCUUACAGAAGACUUGUAGGUAUUUGUCGCCCUCUAGAGGAGGUAAAUAGAGGCGGAUUUGAGUUUCCAUGGUAACCCAGUGUCAACAUCCUGAGUUGUUGAGCGUGUGGUUUCAGCAUGUCCGAGAUGUCUGCGCUGAGCAAAAAGCUGAUUCAAACCUUGGCUGAAACUCUGUCUAAACAAGUUAAACACUUUAAUAAAACUGAAGCGGAGUGCCUGAUCCGACUGUUUAACACACUGCUGGGAGAACAGACUGAGAGGAAAGCGGCUCAUGGACUGGACCGGGGAAAAUUCCGCAACAUCCUGCACAACACAUUCGGACUGACCGAUGACAUGAUUAUGGACCGAGUUUUUCGUGCCUUUGACAAGGACAACGAUAGCUACAUCAGUGUUAAAGAGUGGAUAGAAGGACUAGCGGUCUUCCUCCGAGGGACACUGGAUGAGAAAAUAAAAUUCUGUUUUGACAUUUAUGACCUGAACGGGGACGGCUACAUAUCUCGGGAGGAAAUGUUCCACAUGCUGAAGAACAGCCUGAUCAGACAGAUGACUGAGGAAGACCCCGAUGAAGGAAUUAAGGACCUCGUGGAAAUAAUACUAAAGAAAAUGGAUUACGACCACGACAGCAGACUUUCAUAUUCAGACUUCGAAAAGGCUGUGAGGGAUGAAAAUCUGUUAUUAGAGGCUUUUGGAUCUUGUCUUCCUGACGCAAAGAGCAUACAGGCAUUUGAGCAACAUGCAUUCCAGGAUACACUGAGGACCUGAAUCAGUCAACUAACAAAUUCACAACAAGUUUGGGUCCAAAGAAAGGAGCAUUUUUGUCCAACAUUCCCAAAAAGUCUGUAUUGUCCAUCAUUUUCCUCUUUCUGUUUUCCAAACGUGCCGUCCUCGGUAUAAACCUUGGUGCAGUGGAUGGAGGAUUUUUGGAUAUUUUAGACCUGUCUCUUUCUUCCUUGUCAGCAGAUGCUGAGUCUGGCCAAUUUGUGGUCUGUUUGGAAAGUUCCGGGGAAGCCGAGAUGAAACGAUGUAGAGAUCCCAU